AUGGCCCCAAGGCAAAAUCCAGUCGCCUUGGGUGGCCGGCCACCUGUUGAGCCCGGCGAUACAACGUUAGAGGAUGGACGGAACAGUGCGUUCGACUCGCUAUCCAUUUUCGAAGACACGCAAGAAGAUGCGUUAAUUGAACUCUCGUCUGUCGACUCUAAUGAAUGGGUGGCUCCGCGACGAACUUUGCAACACUUUCCCGAGGACUCGACAGGACCCAGGGUCCAACGUUAUCAACAAGGGUAUAGUCUUCUUGACGUUGAUGACAUCGUGAUGGUGCCUCCCAACUUUCACGACAGUAGGGAAGCCACAACUAGCAAUGGUGCUCCAAUGCAACGCUCAACAAGCCCACUCUUAUCGCUCUUUACGGAAACGUCAGAGCUGGAGGGCUACGGAGAUGCAGGUAGCAGCAACCUGGGUCCGAGUACAUAUCCAGAGCCCGAAGAGCGAUGUUAUUGUGGGUCUCUUCCCGCCAGUGAUAUGCGUUGCUACUUUUGCUACCCAUGCGGCCACGUAUUCUGCGAUAGAUGCUGGGGAAGAUCACCGCCCCAUGUCAGGAAGCGCGUACAAGGGGGUAUACCGCACGAGAAGACGGAUCCAAGGCUCGCCAAGAUCAUCGAACAGACGCUGGAGGUCGAAUUGGAUGAGAAGCAGCAGUCUUGGAUGCAUCUGAAAGAUGAAAACUCCUCUUGGUUUGGAACGAUGAGGGAUGAUGAUGAUGAUAUGGUAUUUCAUGAUCACGGAAGAUUCGCCGAUCUAAUGGCUGAGAUGUCAGCGCGCAAGAGGCAGGUGCGCUAUCCCGGUCUGGUUUCGUUCGUCGGACAGACCGGGGCCGGGAAAAGCACGGUUGUUAAGCUCCUGAUCGAGGUACGAGAGACCUUCAGGCCAUGUCUCAGCGCUGACAAUCCUUCCACCCAGCUGCAAUCCAUAUCACAUCCAGAGACGCGAGUGCCGGUUGUUGGAUCCGCAACAAACCAGGAGUUGCCCACCUCCGGUGAUGUUCAUCUCUAUUCAGACCCGGUAUCUUGGGCUACCGAAACGCCCAUCCUGUAUGCAGAUUGUGAGGGACUUGAUGGUGGCGAGAGAGAGCCCCUGGGGGUCAAGAUCAGAAAGGUGGGAAGACGAAUCGCAAACCACGCAGUUCCCGACCACUUUGAGAUCAAGGCGCGCCAUAAUACAACAACUCGCGAUCUCUUAUGGGCUACCACCGAGAAGACCAAGAGCCGAGAGUAUAUUGUCCGGAAUCUGUACCCGCGACUGCUCUACACUUUCUCGGACACCAUCGUCUUUGUGACCAAAAAUCCCCGGGUCGUCGAAAAUGUUAUAGACCAGCUGAUAGACUGGGCGACAGCGGCUCUGGAAAAGUCAUCUAACCAGCCUGUUCUUCCACACGCGAUCAUUGUCCUCAACGCAGCAGAGAACAGUACAGACCCUCGGCUAUGGGAUAUCGAUGAGUCUACUGACCACCUCAUGGAAUCCAUGAACGAGGCAAUAAUGAGAAACCAUAAUCUUCGCGCACGAGUUAGAUUCUGGGUCCCCAGACAGAGACGUAUCACCUCCAUGCGGGAGCUUCUUCUUUCAUACUACUCAGACAUUAGAGUUGUCCGUGUGCCAGAGCGCGGACGUCCGAAGCUCAUCAACCAACAGAUUGAACGCCUGUACGAGGAAGUCAAGAUAGCUUGCCGGAAGUCCCGCGAAGCGAAGCACAAGUUGCGAAUGCUUCUCAAUUCGGAUGAACUUCAACCUUACCUUCAAUAUGCCUUUGACCACUUCUCUCGCGACCUCGAGAUGCCCUUUGACUUUGUGCAGGCAUCCUUUGCAAACAGCCCCAUCCCGUCAGACUUUGGCGGCAACAUCUUGAAACUGGCCAUCAACAUCUUGGAUGUGUGGAGUGAUUGCCUCGAUGGUCCGGCUAUAUUCAGGGAGCUUAGUUAUAUCAUUGCAUCGGCCACAAUGCUGGAUUCUGCUCGGCGCAAGACCCUAGGCCCCGCUGAAAGCGUGUUCCGCGAGUACCUCGACCAUUUUGAUGACGCUCUCGAUGACUUUUGUGACCGUCACUGGCCAUGUGAAUAUUUGAGAAGCGGCCGAGUCAUCGCAAUUGCCGACUACGAAUCCUCAUUUUCAGCUGACGGCUUUCGGACUACAUUCCGCUCAAUGAUUUUCGCCAACCUCGAUGCGCUUCUUCGCAAGUUAGGUGAUGCUACGUUCAAUGCCGCGAACAGAGAACUCGAAGAAGCGGCCGCGAUUCACAGGGACCUCGUCCUGAUGCAGUUCUUUCAUCACUUGGGUGGACCCUCGAAAUUCAUUAGCCACACGGUCUGCUACACGUGUCUGGUAGAGCCGCCAGAGCAUUUGCUGCCUUGCGGUCACGUUCUCUGCACGCCGUGCAUAAAGGCAUUUGGCGUGAACCGAGUAAAGAACGUCUACGAGAUGGUAGCCUGCCCAAUGCAUCGUGACCGGACACGGCAACUUUCUCACGACCCUGUAACACUUAGGAAGGGACAAUUCCCCGAAUUCUGGUCUAUCUCAAUCAAGCCCCACGGAGCAGGAACUCGCAUCCUGAGCCUCGAUGGAGGAGGAGUCCGCGGAAUUGUCGAGCUGACAAUCCUCCAGCAAAUCGAGAAGGCCCUUGGGCAGGGACUCUAUAUUCAAGAUUUCUUCGAUCUAAUCGUCGGAACAAGCACAGGCGGAAUAAUUGCGCUGGGCUUGGGAGCCCACGGCCUGUCCGUGCAAGACAGCAUCUACAACUUUCGGCGGCUAUGCAAGAAAGCCUUCACGAGGCGUAAAGGAGCUGGGAUCCCAGUGUUAGAGCGGAUUAUAACUGCCUCAAACCACAGUAAAUUCGAAACAAAACCUCUGGAAGAUGCUCUAAGAAGCAUCUAUGGCGAUACAAAACUCUUCGGUGGCUCGCGUGGCAACAUGGAGGAGCCGUUAUGCUUGCGAAGACUCACGAAAGUGGCUGUCACCACUACGACCACAGCGGCCUCUGUGGUUGUGCUUGCCAACUACAACAGGCAUGGCUCGACAGAAAAUCAGUCAUAUAGGUUCUAUCGCUCUGAGAAGCCCGAGAGCGAGAUGAAGGUCUGGGAAUCCGCUCGAGCGACGUCCGCCGCCCCGAGGAUAUUCAAGCCAUUUUUCCAUAAUGCUUCCGGUCAAGAGUACCAGGACGGCGCAAUCUACCAUAAUAAUCCCAUCGAUGUGGCUUAUAGGGAACAGAAGUUGAUCUGGCCAGAUAUGGCUGACAGCCAUCCUGACAUUGUCCUCUCUAUUGGCACCGGUUACAACCCGAAUUCACAGACACGGGACACUCAUCUCUCGAGGCCAGGCAGCCGUGGGAUGAUAUCCUAUGUUAUGGGACUAGCAAAGAUUGCUAUGGACCAUAUCCACAGUAGCCUGGACUCAGAAAGGACGUGGCGUGUUUUCCUCGAGCGAACUCACCCCCCGUCCAGAUUCCUCGACAGGUACGUCAGGGCAAACCUCGCCUUGGACAACGACCCCCCCAGUCUGGACAAUGUGGAAAUGAUCGAUACCCUGAGUGAGAUGACUAGGUCUCGCUUUACCAAGGAUAUCUCCUUCAUACAGUCCAUCUCAGAUCGUCUCGUGGCAUCGUCAUUCUACUUUGAGCAAUCCUCCUCAGCGAUGGGCGCGGACAAUGGAGACGGUACCUUUACCAUCAAUGGCCACAUAUUGUCGCGUUUUCCCCCGGGCUCAUCUCAAAUACAUUCCCUGGGUGAGGCAUUUCACCGACGGUCGAGGAACAUCUUCAACCGCGGCAGCGGGGGCCAUCAGCCCUAUUUCGUUGUCCGCGAACGACGAAGAGAAAGAGAGGGGAAACUAUUGGUGAUAAGCGAGGACGUCAUACAGUCCAUGAUAACGCAUGGCAAAUUCUCAAUGCGCAAAAUUCAACUGCGAGUUGCCGAGCGCAUGGCAGAGACAGAAAUCUGCCUCUGCUUGGAUGGUGAUCGAGCCCAGCCAACGCUGUACCCGAUCAGCGGCUUUCCUAAAUGCAUGCUGGAAGCAGACAUGACCUCACCCUCCAUCAAAGCCAAAUUCUCCCAGAGGCUGUCCCGAUCGAGAUCCUCACAAUCCCGAACCAGAGAGCAAUGGCAUGGCCUAUUGUCCCGGGGACAAACUCAUCCGCUCAACCCUAUCGACCACUAUACCGACCCUUCAUACCAGUACCCUGGCGACGAAACCUACCAUGGCCUCCAGAGCCUCUCUGAGAGGUUUUCUACUGCGCGCACCGAUUUCGACCCUUUCGAGGAACUAGUUUUAGAAGGGGUGCCUGGCUCAUUUCCGGAAGGCACACCUGUCUCUCGAUCUGCUGCCUCCCUAUCUGCCCCUCCUAUAUUCAGUUCCCUAACAACGCAGCCAUAUAUUCCACCACCCAACCUCUUUGAUCAGCCUCUUGUUUAUCGUCAAGCAUCAGCUAGGGGUCAAGAACCUGUUAGAAGAUCAUUACAUCGACAGUCCCAACCAGACCUAUCUCGGCCCGUCGAGCCGCCGAUCCCUGAACAACCAGGACCUAUCCUUCGUCCGUCAUCGGAAGGGCCAUCUCCAGAUCCUCUCCAAGUGGAUAUGGGCUCCCGAAAUGAGCCUGAACCUGGUUCAAGGCCACCGAAUCCCGUCCAAGCAAGCUCGGGGCCUCCUGAUCCAGCAGGAUCGGCUGACUUGUUCGGCAACCUGCGCGCCUUGCUUCGAGAGGAACUCCAAGGGCACGCCCGCGAUGCUGCUGAACGACAAAACGUCUUCGAGACCGCUAUUCGUCAGGAUUUUGAACGAUUUCAAAGGGAGAUACAGCGUCAGAUGCAUAACCAGAACCAGCACCACAUCGAACACCGCCAGCAGGAUGUCCAUAUGUCAGGGGGAAACGAUUGCCCACCGUACGAGCAGGAGAAUGACGAGUUCUAUGUUCGAGAAAUCAAACGUCACCGGUUUUCGCGUGAUCAAAGACAGCCUUCCGUACGAGGUGGCAGCAAUGGUUUUCGGCAGCCUAGCGAACGUCAACGGAUGCCUCCCCCAUUAGAUGACAAUUAG